AUGAAGACUGUCCAGCUUAUUUCUGAGACACCAAAAUCUAUAUCUCUUGAUGAGCAUCGCCAAUUGGUUGAGUCGACUCCGAGUUCAUUUGGAGACAUUCCGCCCGUUCUGCGACACCGGCAAGAUGGAGUUAAAAUUAUAUUUGAUCCACCACAAGAAGGUCUUUCUGAAGAGGACCUUUCUAAUGGAGCGCUUUACUUGGUGGAAAGCGUCCUUGCCUUCAUAUCUGCUACGGGACGCGGGUUCCAAAUAUUGUAUCCACAAAUAAUCAUUCAUGCUAUUUCGACCUCGGGAUCGGAGCCUAUUGUUUGGUGCCAAUUGGAGAAGUCAACACUGGACGAUGAUUUUGAAGACGGGGAUGACAUCGAGACAAUAGAACUCAAAAUAAUCCCUUCAGAUCCACAUACUGUGACCACAGUGUUCGAAGCACUCUCGCACUGCUCCUCUCUACACCCCGACCCAAACUCGGAGGGGGAAGGAUACGAAUACGACGACACCGAAGAGGAUGAUGCGGUCUAUGUUAACACUGGAGAUCACCGAGCAUUCACGGGGGAAGAUGGAGAAGAACUGAGUGAGGCCGGGAGGGUGCGCAGUAAUUUCGCCAACAACAAUCGGUUCACUCCAUAUUAA